AGGAUACAUAUAUGGAAUCAUACUCUUUCCUAGCCAACAUUGAUUCUGAAAUUAACCAAGUAGGAGACACUUCUCAUGAUUUUGAGAUAAGACCAACUCAGACAAGGCCACCUGUCUCAAGAGAGAAGAUGUUCAAGUACAAAAAAAUUAAGCCCACAGUAAGGCUUAACCAAGCUAAAUACGAAGAAGAAAAGAAAGAAAUAAAAAGACUAGAAAUGGUAAAUCAGCAAAGAAAAAUGAUGAUGAUGAAGAAAAAGAAGAAACCGAUGAGAAGAAGCAACCAUUUGCCUCCUCCAAGAGCUCCAGCAAGAGCCCCUGCAAGAGAUAGCAGCAUGAGAAGAGAGACAACACAACUUCAAAGACCACAAGCAAUAAAUAGUAGAGAAGAAAGAAGGAGAAAUAUCUCCCAACAUGUUCAAAGAUUCUUUACUGAUGCAGAAACAGCGCUUUCUCAAAUGAAUAUUCAGCAAGAAGUUGAAAACACUUAUGGGAAUAUGGAUGAGAGACUUGAUGAGAUUGAGAGAGCCCUCGAUGAAAUAAACAUUUCUGUUAAUAAUCCAGAAGGAUUCAAAGAACAUAAAAAUGAAAACAUAUUCAAUAAAUGGAUCAAUACAAUCUCUCAAGAUCGUUUUGUCAGCAGAUGGAUCACUGAGAAAGCAAAUAAAUCUAAAGGAGAUGACGUUUGUAACAUCUGCCUUGAUGUUUACAAUAUCAACGAUAGAACUUUGACUCUUCCUUGUUCUCAUGAUUUCCAUUAUUCCUGCUUGAAAGAGUGGUUUAAAAAGAAGCCUGAGUGCCCGAAAUGUAGGAGAGCAUUCAAAUAAAAAUAUUUCAAUCUCUGA